AACAAAAUGGCCGUUAGAUAAGUCAACUACACAUGUAUACGAAUAUGUUGCUGGUUCUUUGCGCUUUGUUUUGUUGUAUUACUAAAUGUUUCGGUACACUUUGUCUUAAAGAAUCUGUUCAAGUUUUGAACAAAUGUUACUGGUUGACGCAAACAAACGGGUCAUGGUAUAUGGGAAAUUCAACUUGUUUUAUAGAUGGCGGCCAACCGUCUUCAUUUAAUGAUACUGACACAUAUAAAGCCGUUAUCAAUGGUGUUGGUAUAAAUGGAAGUGCAUAUGAAGUAUGGUUAGGAAUACACGACUUUGAUUGUGACAGAUGUUGGAAAAACUAUGACGGAAGUAACCUUACGUUUUUUGACUUUAUGGUCGAUGUAAGGAAUGAUGGUUGUUGGAAUGAUACAAAUGCUUUGGCAAUAAUACCAAAGGAGAACUUUAAUUGGCGGGAAAGACAUGAAAAUAACACAAAUCUUGAGAUGCUUUGCGAAAAGUUUAUAGAUAUAAACGAGACAAUAACAGAAGCAAGUUGGAAUCAAACAGCAAAUGAUAAUAAUUUUUAUACAAGUACAUCCAUUGAAGGCAUGCAUACCACCUGGCUUAUAGAAAAUACCAAUGGAAGUAAUGCAUCAAUCCAAAAUACUUCAUCAGCUGACAGACCUUUUGUUCACGCAACAAGCUUUCCCGAUAUUAUUCCUGAUAUUGAUGAAGGAUUAGUGGCUGGUAUGUCCUUACUUGUGAUCGGAACGUUUGCUUCCUGUAUAGUAAUCGUUGUCAUCAGACGAUGUUACAAGAAAAGACGACGAAAAAAUGAAGGCGUUGUUUAUGAAGAGGUUGAAGAUGCAGCUACGUCUUGUUCUAUUGAAGGAUCCAGCAAUAUCAAAGUUUUAGUUGCAAGAGCCAGAAAUAUUAACAAAUCAAGAAUUGAACAAAUUAAUGAGGAAUGGUUGAAGCAAGAUUCUAAGACCAAAGCUGAAAGAAAUGUAAUGCAACCAUCUUCACCAAAAUCGGAUAGAAGACCUUCGCUCCCAGAGCCAGAACGGAUGCCAUUUUCGAAAGAGUCGAUAAAAAGUGUGAAACGGAUAGUUAUUGAGGAUGAGGACGACGAGUAUGCCACAGCUGAACCCGAUGAGGACUUGUACAGCUUGGCUGACGGAGAGACAAAAAAUGAUAUCACACCUCAUAAUAUAGCUAUAAAGAGACCAAGUAUGCGAAAAUUGAAAUUACAAAGAUCGUCUGCUUUUGAUGUUGAAGAUGAAGACCCAUACGCAGAUACACCAGAAGAUGAAUACGAUACAGUAAAUAGUCCUAGAGACCAUAAACCCAUAACCUAUAAUUAUGGACAAAACAAUGAUAGUGAAGAUGAGGACCAUACUUAUGAACUAACAGAUGACCUAGAUUAUGAUAAGGUUAGAAACGCUCGACCUCAUAUCGAAGCUAUCCACCGUUCUAAAUCGACACAAAGUCUUCGUGAGAAUUUAUCAACAACGAACUCAAUUGAAGAAAAUUGUCUUGAAGGAAAUAUAUAUAAUGAGAGUUUUGAUGGAGAUUAUGAUAUGUUGAACAAAACAAGGUUUCGUUUUACUAUCUCCAGUGAAAAUUACGACAGUGUAAUAUUACCAUGGGAAAGAGGUGAAAACCGAAAUGAAAAGGACAAAGAAAAGAAGCAAGAAAUUGACGAUUUUGAUGCUCUUGAAAAACAUGAACGUGCUCGAAGUAAUUUGUACUCAGACAUGGAUUCUUUAGUGCAGACUAAUGACCCUAAUGAAAGUUCUAAUCAAACAUGUUGUGGUGAUGAGACUAGUUCCUCCAAAAAUACCGUGUCAAAUGAUGAGCAAUCCAUGCAAGAGAUUAAUGGAAACAUUUUAGAGAAUAAACCCGAGAAUUCAGAAACGGGAAAUGAUAUUGAACUUACAAUUAUAGAUUUAGUUCAACAACAUAAAACAGCCUCAAGUGAUUCUCUUGUUUCUUCAUCAGUUAAAUCCGAUGCUGGAAACUCUAGUGGUUCAAGUGAUCCAGACAUGAAAAACUCACUUCAGCCGCUUAUAAGUGAUGAGUUGUCAGUUCAUGAAACACAUCUUGAUGACGACAAUCAAAAUUUGAUUAUUCAAAAUAAGUGCUAUGGACAAAAAAUGGGAAACGGCAAUAUUCCUGACAACAAGUUAGGACCCAAUGUACACGAACUUGAAGUAUUAAGUAGUGUGUGAUGAAGUUGUAUAUCUCAUUUAAAAAGAUUAGUAGUUAAUUAAUUAAUUAGUUAAUAAAUGUAGAAAAUAAUAUAGGUUACUUGUUGAGGAUGUAAGCUCAGCUAGAACCUCUAGCCAUUGAGUAAUACAUUGAUUGAUGUACUUGUAAAGUUAAUUGCUUUUCCUAUACUGACUUUUAUUGUAUCUUCUUUCAUUUUAUUUUUUUUAAAUCUACUGAUCGAGAUUUAGAUGUCUUUGAUUUACUUUUGUCGUUGGGUUACAAUCUCAUUGACUUAUACCCCACAUCUCCUAGCUUUAUUCAUAGUUAUUAUUGUGUCCCUAAAAUCGCAAAAGCGGUUAAAUUCUCCAAUACUAUCAUAAGUGUCAGCGGUAAUUUUAUUAAUAAAUAUCAUUAUUAUAAUAUAAUUAUUUAUAAAUAAAUAGGAUAGCGCAGUCAAGUCACUUAUUUGGUGGUAGAAAACCGUUUGUGAUGUUCCUAUGGAAUCAUUGGCAAAUGGAAAUUGGCAUAUACGAUUACAAAAAUGGCAAUUAACAUGUAAACAUAUCGGAUAUUAAGAGCACCCUUUUAAAAAAGAAUAUUUUUCUCAAUUCAACAUUGUAUAGAUAUCUUGUUGCAAAAUAUCUCUUUUGAUUGAUUGAUUUUUUGCCAUUUUUGUAACGUUUAGCGACAAAUAUCCUUCCGUCCCCUAAAAUUGGUCAUUACCCAAAUUCGGUCACCUUGGGAUUGAAAAGCUUUUAAUUGUACGCUUGUUUACAUUUCUUUGCACGUUUUUGCAAUAUGGUGGUGCAGGAAUAUAUAAUUUUUACACUUUGAAAGUGCUACGUACCUCAGAUAAGUUUUUCCGAAGGAAUUUUUUUUUUUGCGGGAAAAUAUACGGAAUGCGCUUGCUUCCUAAAUUCCAUGUGUCAAGCUACGCAAGAUUAACUGCAGUUUUUGGGGCUAAUUAGACUUACUCUUACAAAGCUUUACCAAAUAACACAUGCUAAAUUAUGUAAAAUGCAUAUUAAAAGGAAGAAACCAG